AUGACCUCUAAUAUAGUUGAAUAUAUUAACGGUUGCUUGGUAGAGACUAGAGAACUUUCUAUUUUAGGUUUCCUUGAAGAAGUUAGAAUUUUAUUUGCUGCAUGGAAUUAUAAGAACAGUGAAAUUGUGUCUUAUACAAACACAACACUCGGGAGAAGAUUUCAAGAAAUUCUGACUGAUAAUGGGGUUAAAGCUUUGCGGAUGACGGUUAAGACAGUUGGUAGUUAUUUGUACAGCGUAUAUGAAUCAGGAAGGAGGUACAUUAUUGAUAUUGAUCGUGGCACGUGCAACUGUGGCCAGUAUUAA